ACAGUAAAUAUGAAUGUGUGCUAAGCCAUAUCUUCCACCGUGAUCAUGUUUUCAUCUCUCCAGGGGAGGGAGGGCUGACUACGGAGCAAAGCGGGGGGAGAGACAGACAGGGCCUGCUCCACACAUCCUUUUCAUGCGAAGAACCGGGAUCACAGAAACAGCCAUUUUUGGUUUCCCAAAACAGCUCAGGCCCGGGCCUCAGUCCGCGGUCUAGAGUUUGACUACGGGCUGCUCCAAACGAAGGCAUCUUGGUGUGAAGUUAGUAUUUUGUCCCAUCCACCAUCAUGGGAGACAGCAGAGAUUCUCGCAGCCCGGACAGUUCGUCGGUGUCCUCCCCUCCUUCAGGCCAGCGCUCCCCUCCCCUGGUGCCCUCUGCUGCCUCCAUGACCUCUCUGCCUCCCAUCACCAGUGCAGGAGUCAACAGCCCCAUUAGCAGCAUCGGCUCCCCCUUUUCUGUCAUCAGCUCCUCUCUGGGCUCCCCCUGUCUCCCUGGAACACCCUCAGUGGGCUAUGGACCCAUUAGUAGCCCACAGAUCAACUCCACAGUGUCCAUGUCAGGACUCCAUGCAGUGAGCAGCUCAGAUGAUGUGAAACCUCCUUUAGGCUUGAAGCAGCUUUCCGCUCAUAGUCCUGGUCCAAUGCUGUCCCAGAAACGCCUCUGCUCCAUCUGCGGAGACAGAUCCUCCGGUAAGCACUAUGGAGUCUACAGCUGUGAAGGUUGUAAAGGUUUUUUCAAGCGGACGGUGCGCAAGGACUUGACCUACACCUGCCGGGACAAUAAAGACUGUAUGGUGGACAAAAGACAGAGGAACCGCUGCCAGUACUGUCGCUAUCAGAAGUGCUUGGCCAUGGGCAUGAAGAGAGAAGUGGCCGAGAUGAACGUCAGAUCUGUCCAAGAGGAGAGGCAGAGGAACAAGGAAAAGGAGGGAGAGGUGGAGUCGACGAGUGCAGUGAAUGAGGAGAUGCCAGUGGAGAAGAUUUUGGAGGCAGAAAUGGCUGUGGAGCAGAAGACAGAGCUCCAUGCAGACGGCAGCUCAGGAGGCAGCUCACCCAACGACCCUGUUACCAACAUCUGUCAGGCAGCAGAUAAGCAGCUCUUCACUUUGGUGGAGUGGGCUAAGAGGAUUCCCCAUUUCUCUGAGCUUCCCCUGGAUGACCAAGUCAUUCUGCUUCGUGCAGGCUGGAAUGAGCUCCUGAUUGCAUCUUUCUCUCAUCGCUCAAUCUCAGUAAAAGAUGGGAUUUUAUUGGCUACUGGGCUGCACGUCCACAGAAACAGUGCCCACAGUGCUGGAGUUGGAGCCAUCUUUGACAGGCCGCACAAUGCUGAGGUUGGGGCCAUAUUUGAAAGAGUUUUGACCGAGCUCGUGAGUAAGAUGAGAGACAUGCAAAUGGACAAGACGGAGCUGGGUUGCCUUCGAGCCAUUAUACUUUUCAAUCCGGAUGCCAAGGGUUUGUCAAAUCCGAGUGAGGUGGAGCUACUGAGAGAGCGGGUGUAUGCGUCUCUAGAGGCUUACUGCAAACAUAAGUAUCCCGACCAGCAGGGCAGGUUUGCAAAGCUGCUCCUCCGACUUCCAGCACUGCGCUCCAUUGGCCUGAAGUGCCUGGAGCAUCUGUUCUUCUUCAAACUCAUUGGGGACACGCCUAUUGACACUUUCUUGAUGGAGAUGCUGGAGGCCCCCCACCAGCUCACCUAAAGGUCCCAGGUUGGGUCCAGUCCGGAUCUGAUCCAGACCAGGAUUCAGAGCAGGAUCCAUCACAUGGUGUUGGCUGCUGGCUCCCUCUGUAGGGCUUUUACUUUGAAACCACACAAUACACAACUCUCACUGGACAAAUAUUCGGACACACACACUAAUAAGAGCAGAUCCUCACUCAACUGAUAAAAUAACACAAAUGUACACUUAGUAACUCUAUUACCCUCACUCCCCCUGGUUUAGUCUUCAGGAUAAAACUUUCACCUUCAAAAAUGUCUUAAUUUUCACCCUAAACGUUCCAAUCCACUGUGGGAUUUGAGUCUGCAUAGCUAAUAUACUUAACCUUAUUUACAUGAAUCGGUUACAGUGCUACAAGCACCUUUUUUAUUGUACGCCCCUAGUUAUUUAGUUAAAUCAUUUAUAUUGCAUUUCAAUCAAAUUUUCACCAUAAAACUGUAUAUUCAGUGGUGUGUCCUGUAAUGUCAAACAAACGCACCUCAGUGAAUUCAUUCAAUUUGGUAUUUUAAUAUUUUGUGCAUUUUAAAUAUGAUAUUGAAACUUGUUUGAGUUUCUAUUUUGAAGUACUGUACUCAUGAAAUGAGAGCUUUUUUUCAAGGCAUUGAUAUCCAGGAACAGUGGGCUGGGAGCACAAUCUUGAAUGGACUGGUUGUGUCCCUCCCACCCUGAUGCGCACAGCGGCUUUGUAAGGCAAGAAGAAUGACUUGAAUCAUUUUGUUUUAUUUUUGUAUUUGUUAUUCGUCCCCUUCCUACUUCGGCAUUUUAAGCCACGUGAGGCUAACAGGAAGUACACCUCAUGCCCAUAUAAAGUAUCGUUCUCUUUAACCCCUACUCCUCUAAAUUUCCCCUUUGCUGGUGGUCAUUAUGCACUUUUGUGAAUUGUAUCUGUGUUAAUGUUCCCGUUUCUCGACAAAUGACCCUCUCUUUUUAAGGGUAAGACGUGUAGGACUUUCUAAUGGUUGGGGUUUUACAGUGGCCACAUAGAGCAAUGCUAAAUUUUCAACCAUGCACAAAACUAAAAGAUAACCGCGCUUGGAUGUAGCCUUGCAAAAAUUACAACCAUUAAUGAGAAAUAAAAAAUGAGACUGCACAUUUAAUAUAACAAAAAAAUACAUUAGUUAGUCUUUUAAAAAUGUCCUAAUAAACAAUUCAUGUUACUAAUUGAAAGUCCUACACGUACUACCUACAGCAUAUAAUCUCUCUGUACUGAUUCAAUCCUCGCAAUGUACAGUCAUUGUAAAUAAUUACAGAAUCGCCAGAAUCAUGUCAGAACAAAAGCCUGUCCACAAUCACAUUGAUACAAAAGAAACCGAUGGGUCAAACCACAAAUUUAAACUUUUUACUGAACUCCCAUGUUACUGAGCCCAGGGCCAAACCACGUCUCACUGCUACAUUUGCACCAACAAUUUUCCCUUUUGAUAGGUUUGUUUUUUAAUUAAUCAGCUGGACAUCUUUGGACAAUAGCACUUGAAAUUUAGUGAAAAAUAGUUUGAAGAUUUUGUGGAAUCUGUUGCAUUCAUGUUCUACACUUAGAUCAUUCAGAACAAUUCAGAUUUUGGCCAGUUAAGUAUUUACUGUAAAUCAGGUCCUAACAAGUACACUAUGUAACUUUUCUGGUGGGGUGUCUGCCACCUGCUUGUCUCCUUGGAGAUUAAAUUGCUUUGUCAAGAAUGCCACUUUCUGGCAUUAAACUUUUCUCUAUUCUGCAUUUAUUCAAUUACAGGAAUUUAAGUGCUAAUCUGACCUGUAAUUUAACCUAGUAGCGUCACUUGUCGCUACUGAGGUAGAUAUGAUUAAUACCAUACUGCGGAACAUUCCAGGCAAGGCAAUAACAUCUCUCCAUGGUGACAAGCAGAUGGUGGACAGGAACCCUCGACCAGAAAAGUUACAUAGAGGUAGAACUUCAUUUAAUUUUCAUACAUUCAAACAGAUACAUGUCUUUUAAACUUGUACAGUUUAAUUCAGCCGUUCUUUGGUAGUUCCAACAUUGAAUAGUAGUGUUAAAUGCAUUUUAAUUAUCAUUCUACUUAUUGAGAGGUACAGAAAUCUCUCUUUCAGGUGCUAAAGCAAAAGUGCACAUUUACAUCAAUGCAAAAACAAUAUGCAACUCUUUGGACAAAUCACAGUCAUUUUACCUUUUCUCAAAAUGUAGAUUUCAUUGAGUAUGUGUGGUUUUGAUCCCCCUCUCUCCUAUGUACUUACCUAACACCAGCAAAGUGCUUGUGUAUUAUUUAAAUCUUUUAUUCUUCCAGAUUCUAGUAUUUUGUAUUGGGGAAAAAGGCAAUUGGCAGUUAAUGCUUUUUGAUAGAAGAUGAGCUUCCUACAGAAUAGUCAAAGAGAUUAUUUGAUAUGAUAUUAAUGAAGAAUGAUUCCGUCAAACUUAAGGUGUGUUAUUUAGUCCACGUUGAGGUCUAGAUUGUGAAAGUAUUUUCCCAAAUGAACAAAGUCACAUUAUUUAAACUUUUGGACAUUUGAUACUUGAGUACAGGAACACUCAGCUGGAUUCCACAGUCUUAUAGCAGGAUUAAACUGUCGUACACACUUGCAGUCAUAUGUUUGGCACUUGCUUGUUUGCUUUGACAGCUAAAAUCAUUUGGGAUCUUUAAAGGUGCACUAUGUAACCUUUCUGGUGGAGGGUAUGCCACAUACUUGUAUACAAGUAUGUGGCAUACCCUGGAAUGGAAUGUAACACAGUAUGGCAUUAAACUCAAUUACAGCUGUUUGUAUUGCUAAUGAAAAUACAUUAAAAAAAACAUGCAUUCUUGCUGUGAGCAGGCUUGUCUCCAUACAGAAAUGACCGGUAAACUGACCUAGUUGCAUCAGUUGCUUGUGUUGACAUGACAUGACAUAAGUAGUAGACAGACCCUUGACCAGAAAACUUACCUAGAGCACCUUUAAAGACAUUUGUCAAGUCAACAUCCUGUCUGAUAGAGAAUUGUAGUUUGAAUUUUGAUUGCAUGCUUUUCUGAAGAACAUAACCCGAUUUGUUGACUGCUCAGAAUCUUUGUUGCCAGUUAUUGGAGCUUCUUCUGAUGAUUAAUGGGUCUGGUGCAUUAUGCUUAUAUACGUAAUAUGGGAGAGCAAUUAAAACAGGCCUAGAAGCAAAUACCAAAUCUCAUCUCAUGGUAUGCACAGAAUUUGCUAAGUGAGUAUUAUUUGUCAGUCAAACUGUAAAUUUAACCCUUUGCUGUGGCUUCCAGGUUUGCUAAGACUCUCUUGUAUUUAUUCAGCAUUUGCUCUGAGCUCUGGGUGUGUCAGUAAAAGGUACAGAAACCGAAAAGUUACACAGGUGUUUGAGGUUUUGUCGCCACUUUAGUGAGUGGAUGAUUAGAAAGGGCUCAUGGUAUAUUAUAGUAGUUUGUGUAGUGCGUAGUCUGUCUGUAGCUGCUCUUUACUGUGGCUGUGAUUGGCUAAAGGUUUGGCUCUUCUGUUCUGAUUGGUAGAAUUUCUUAAAUCCAGAGCAAAUGCACAGAGGAAUAAGAGCCAGCCUAUAGUGGAGUUUGUGUUUUGGAUAUGAACAACUGCAGCCUAUUCUUUACUUAGGCGCGAUCUCAGCAGCUUUACCCUCACUUUAACUUUCUGGCUUAUUGACCUUGCUGAGAGGAAAUUAACACAAACAAUAAGCCCACAACUCUUGUACUGUUUGAAUCAAGGGACUCCAUGGAGUCUCUUAUGGCUUCACUUGAAGGCAGAGCCCAACAUUUUGGUUGCCGGUGGUGACCGUUGGAUUGCUCAUUGAUGCCUCAAAAUGUUUGUUGUUGCGAUUGUGUGCACUCAAGGCAGACACAUGCUGUGACCUUUGUUUGGGGAGCAGUAUGUCGUCAGCCUCUUUGUUACAUUUUGAAUAUUCUUGUUUUUGAGCGUUUAGAUUAAACAAAUGCUGUUUUAUAAAGGAUUGCAGCCUGUGAAUAAUUGCUUACCUUAAAUGUUACAAAGUCACCUGGCUCUCUGCUGAAAAUUCAAAGGCCUCAAAAACACCAUGUCCACUGGUUAAUUUAUCACUGCCAAACUGAUUAUUCAAAUAGCCUUUUCAAACAGCCACUGAAGCCCUAGUGCUUUGGCACAUGUGUUAUUACAGCACUGCACAUAAUUUCAGAGUGUGCAGUGCAUUGACUGUAUGGUGCAGUGGUGAAAAGGUGCCCUAAUGUGUAGAGUGUAGAAUGACCCCUGUGUGACCUCAGUGAAGAGGCUGUGCAGUUGUGGUCUUUAUGAGUCUAAAAACCUUGAUGAUCAUUCCAUCAGAAACACAGGGAAGGCGCCAUGGAGCAGGUCUGGAGGUGGAUCUGGCUAAGUGCUUUAAUUUGGUGUUUGUUGUUGACUGUGGAUGGGUUCAGCGACAGCUCUGCAGCACAGUGUCCUUUGGUGCCCCCUGUUGGGCAGUGGAGUUAUUCAGACCGAGGAGUGCCACCAUCUGAUAAAGACUGGUCUUUUUAAGGAUGAGAUUGAUGCUGGCGUUUGAUGUUUUUUAGAAACUGUAAAAAAAACUGGUUGGGUUUUGAUCUGAUUAGUUUAAGGAGAAAAAUGAAAAGGUAGAUCGUGAUUCUUCCUUAAAUGUUUACUUUGCGGUAAAUAAAUUCACACUGUUUUCUAUGUGUCUUGUUUCCUGUCUCUUCUCUGACCAUUCUAUUUAUCCUUUGUUUAUUACAAAGUAUUAAACAAAUACAAGGCUGUAAAAGCAGAAUUGACUCUGGUCUCUGUUGUAUUUUUGUUCUUGUCUGUCCUUUGUCCUAUUUGUAUUCUCCAUAAAACACAUGGAGCUGAUUGUUUUCUGCUCUGGGGGAUUGAAAGAAGAAAAAUAUGAGUCAUUUUUCAGUCAUUAAAUCUAAAUCUUGCCUCUGUUUGUUGUAUUAUGUCUGAGUAAAGGUUUUAAUACUGUA